AUGGAAUUUUCCUUCCCAAAUGCAUUUGACGAGAUUCCCGAAGACCGAUCUGACGAGGCCCACUUGCUCGCCUUCCGUGGCUUGCGGCUUCCCAACGAGGGUUUCUUCACGAUCUGUAUGCUGGUGCAGUAUUACGAGCUGCCAGAUGUGCCACCGAGUAUGGUGGAAGCCAUGCCCUGCGCCAAAAAAGUGCCAACAUCCACAGCAACAUCCGGACGAAUCUUGGUCGAAGGGCAGGCGGGCAAUGGGCCGAAGCCCUUUGCCUUCGAUCGGGAUAACGAGCUGGUGCUCCGCCUUAUCCUUGGCGCCUCCCUGCGGAAUCUACCCAGCGGGAAUGUGAUCCUGGGAGAGAAUGAAACCGAAGUUCUUGUGCCAGCCGAAAUACGAGUCCAGCUGCCGCCUGACUACAUGUGCAGCGUGGUCGGCGAUGGGACAGCAGAUCCCGAUGGCAGCAAGGGCUUCUUUACGCAAGACCUGAACAAUGAUGGCUACGCGGACAGUCCCAUGGCUACUGUCCGCAGUGGGACGUGGUCGUCCCGCGAGUCUGUUUGCACAUUCACGCUGGAAAGUACGGCAGCUCUCUUUGCGAAUCAGUUUGUCGAUGUACGUGUUUCAGUUGUCAAUCCUCGGUUACCCUUGCGUAAAGAUGACCCUCUAAAUGUUUGGAGCAUCCUUCUCAUCUCACCCUACGGCGACACGCUUGGCGGUCCCGCACCUUUUAUUUCGCUGGAAGAUGAGAAGUCGCUCCCUGGAUGGGCUGGAAACCUUGCCGUCCUUGGCAGGCUUGAAGGGGAGUCUAUACAGCCCACAAUCUUGGCUGAAGGCGCCAAUAAUACGCUCAAUGUGUUUCUGCAGAUGACACAAGCUAUGCCGAUGUAUUCGUACUUGGUGAUUGAUGCACCGCCUGGAUACGACUUCACCACGGCAUGCGCUGCUGUUGAUAUGGAUCCAGCUUACUACCAGGACUGGGAAGCGCUGCCUUGGGGUACCGAGAUCAUUGGACCUCGUGCAACGACCAGCUCUAUUGGCCAGGAUGUGAACUGCACGACAGACGAUUGGCAGAGGCCCGCAGGAACUCCUCCUGCCACGGCUCCGUUCACGCGUGCGUACCUCCGCAUUGGACGAACUCUGUUGCUCGGAAAGUACUAUGCGUUCCAGAUCAAUAUCACUAAUGCAAUGGAGUGGAACAUCAGUCAACACUCACAAUGGCGACUCUGGCUGCAGAGUCCAGCAGGCUACAUGGUUGAUGGCUCAACGUAUCCGGUCCAGUUCAAUGCGGCCCGCAUUGACACGAUACCUGUGUUGCCUCACGAUCUUGGCUGGGCAGUUUACGAUUCCGACAUGAAGCUCCCUCUGACUUUGAAUUUCGGAGCUGCGCGACUUCUGCCCACCGUUGCUUUCGAAAUGAGCGCCUUCCUGACCGUGUACCCUCUGACACCUUCCUCAGAUGGGCAGCCUCUGCAUGUACGCGUUCUGGCUCCUGUGGGCUAUGUCUGGAUCCCACAUGCUGAGCAAGGUUGGCUGGGCUACGUUCCCAACGUGACCUGCCGCUUUUGCGAGCUCUUCGUAACACCGGAGGUCAGGUACGAGAACGAGCUCCUUUUGCCGGAGGUGAUCAUGCGCCUGAACCAGAACUUCGGCUUCGUGGUUCGCCUUCGGGUUCCUACCCGACCACCCACUCGCUCCACGAAUGCCUUCUUCUUGGAGUUGGGAUACAACCCCGCAGAAUUCAACCUGGACCGAAUGCAAGCAGCCUCCUUCCCGGCACCUCCGCUCCGAGUGGUCAACGACGUGAGCGUCGCAUCGUUGUGCAACAUGGCGGGCUUUGCAGAUAAUGUCCUUGACUUCAGCCUCCGGAUUGCUUCUCCACUGGCAGAAAGCGAUGGCAUCCUUCUAGCCGGUGAUGAACUCACUCGUGGCACUCUGCUACGUUGCUGGCCAGAGGUCUUACCAGGGAUGCUCGGUAUUACACCCGAAAACGGGCACUGCUGCUUGGCUUUUGCUGGCCAUCAUCGGGCGAAAGUUAAGUGCUCCAUUCAUGUAUCUGACUGUCGACCGAUCUAUCUGUCCGCGUGUGUUUAG